UAUCUUGUCUUGAACGAAACUAUGAAGUCGUCUGCAUUGAUAGUGAAAGUAGUGCAGUUUAUUUUCUUGUGUAUUGAUACCUUACAUGCGAAUGUCUGCAGAAGUACGGGAGGAAUUGUUGAGUGUUGUCCUGGAUAUUUCUGGAAUAAAAUAGAAAAUAGAUGCAUUGGAUGCCGUGCUGGUACAUCUGGACCACGUUGUGAUAUGCCAUGUCCGUACCCACAAUACGGACACAACUGCUUAUCAAACUGUUCCUGCACGGAGGAUCAUUGUGAUCCCGCUGACGGUUGUCCCGAUUGGACUAAUAAGUCAACAACGUUUCCACAGAGCACAAACAUUUUCAUUUCAUCUGUGAAGAUGAAAAAUGAUCUUGAUUCAAUUACAAAAGAUGUAUCGACUCAAUUCAUCCACCGUAAUGACACUCACACUUGUCAAGGAAUCAAAACACAGAAGCAUGGGGGCGCUCCUCUUUUCCGGAACAUGCUAACGGCGAUUGUAACUCUCUUUUCUCUGGCUGUCUUCAUGCUUAUAUUAUACACAGGAUUAGUUCGUUACAAAUCAAAGAACACACUUCAUGGCCCUUUAUCAAAAAACAUUAUGUGUUAUAAUUCAGUAUAAUUGUAGCCAUUGUUGAUUAAUCACUUGUGUUAAGAUCAAAAUUCACUUUAUUUGAUUUGUACAUCCAAUUUGAAUCUAUGUGCCUCAAAGUAACAUUAGUCUAAAACCAGUCACAAGACAUUGAUAUCAUGGAAAAACAUUCUAAGUGGAUAUAUUUUUCGUUCAAGAAAACUUCGUUCAUCAAAUAAAUUUGAAGGUGUGAAUACUAUUUUAUUUCACGUUAUGUGUUUAC